AUGUCUCAAGUUUGGUUGUUAAUAUUACUAAUUUAUGGAUUGUUGUUUCUGAAUUAUGUUAAUAGCAAUACUCUAGCUAUUGAAUGCUUAGCUUCUGAUCAUGAGGCUCUUGUUGACUUCAAAAGUGGUCUUGAGGAUUCUCACAACCGUCUCUCUUCGUGGAAAAACACCAAUUGUUGUCAAUGGCGUGGAAUUUAUUGCGAUAACAUCACAGGUGCGGUCAUUUCAAUUGAUCUCCAUAAUCCACAUCCACCAUCAUUUGAUUAUCCUCCUAGCAGGUAUGGAAUGUGGAACCUGAGUGGUGAGCUAAGACCAUCUUUGUUGAAGCUCAAAUCACUAAGACAUUUAGACUUGAGCUUCAACACAUUUGGUGAAAUUCCAAUUCCUAAUUUUUUAGGAUCAUUGGUGAAUUUGCAAUAUCUGAACCUGUCAACUGCUGGCUUUGCUGGUUUAAUUCCACCCCAUUUGGGAAACCUUUCUCGCUUGCAAUCUCUUGAUCUCACCGAUUAUAGCUUGCAUGUUGAAAAUCUACAAUGGGUAGCUGGCCUCGUCUCCUUGAAAUAUCUUGUCAUGAAUGGAGUUGACCUUUCAUUAGUAGCAGAAACAAACUGGGUUAGUUCAUUAAGCCAAUUUCCUUUUUUAAUAGAAUUGCAUCUACAUUUCUGUCAGCUUUUUGGUCAUAUUCCAUCUCCCCCGUCUCACAAUUUUACUUCACUUGCUGUUCUAGAUCUUAGUAUUAAUAGCUUUGUUUCCAAGAUACCCGAUUGGCUUACUAAUAUUAGCACCCUACAACAAAUCGACAUAGGAAACAGUGGUCUGUAUGGACAAAUACCACUUGGUUUAAGAGACCUACCAAAGCUACAAUAUUUGAACUUAUGGGACAACCAAAAUCUCACAGCAAAUUGUUCUCAACUCUUCAUGAGAGGAUGGGAAAAGACACAGGUGCUAGCUUUGUCGUUUAAUAAAUUACAUGGGGCACUUCCUUCAUCCUUCGGAAACUUGAGUUCUCUCACUCAUCUUGAUCUUUCUUAUAAUUCUAUAGAGGGUGUUAUUCCUAGUUCCAUAGGUCAACUCUGUAACUUGAAUUAUCUUGAUUUAUCGGAUAACAAUAUGGCAGGAACUCUACCUGAAUUUCUUCAAGGAAUAGAUAGUUGUCCUUCCAAAAAACCUCUUCCUAGUCUUGAGUUUUUUGAAAUGACCAACAACCAACUACAUGGUAAAAUUCCAGAUUGGUUAGUUCAACUUGAAAACCUAGCCCGUCUAAGUCUUGCACAUAAUCAACUUGAAGGUCCUAUUCCUGUAUCCUUAGGGUCAUUGAAAAAUAUAAACAGUUUGGAACUUGAAGAUAAUAAAUUAAAUGGUACCCUCCCAGAUAGUUUAGGACAACUUUCUAAGCUAUCGCAGUUAGAUCUUUCUUUCAAUAAGUUGACAGGCAUGGUAACUGAAGACCAUUUUUCAAAGCUAAUUAAGUUGAAGAGGUUGAUAAUGUCUUCCAAUUUGUUUACAUUAAAUGUCAGUGACAAUUGGUUACCACCAUUCCAAGUAUCUUUUCUUCAUAUGAGUUCAUGUCCUUUAGGGACUUCAUUUCCACCUUUGCUGAAGUCACAAAGAGAGCUCCAGUAUUUAGACUUAUCAAAUGCAAGCAUUUUUGGUUUUAUACCAAACUGGUUUUGGGAUAUUUCAUCCCAGUUGAUAAGAUUCAACAUGUCUCAUAAUGAGUUACAAGGUCGGCUUCCAAAUUCAAUGUCUAUGGCAUUGAGGGCUCCUGUUAUGAUUGAUCUAAGCUUUAAUCUUUUUGACGGACCGCUUCCUGUUAUAACAUCUGGAUUCCAGAUGCUAGAUCUCUCGCACAAUCACUUUUCUGGUGCAAUCCCGUGGAAUAUUAGUCAACACAUGAGUUCUGGGCAAUUUUUAUCUCUGUCUCAUAAUCAACUUCACGGAGAAAUACCAUUGUCUUUAGGAGAAAUGUCAUAUGUUACUGUCAUUGAUCUUUCGGGAAACAAUCUAACUGGAAGGAUCUCUCCCAACCUUGCAAAUUGCUCUUUCCUAGAUGUACUAGACCUUGGGAACAAUAAUCUAUUUGGGACAAUUCCAGUUUCUUUGGGAAAGUUAAAACGUCUCAGAUCAUUGCACCUUAAUGAUAAUCACUUUUCAGGGGAUUUGCCGUCAUCUUUAAGAAAUUUCUCGAGGUUGGAAACCAUGGAUCUUGGUUACAAUAUACUGUCCGGUAUUAUUCCAACUUGGUUUGGGGAAGGUUUUCCAUUUCUUAGAAUUCUUGUUUUGAGGUCUAAUGCAUUUUUUGGUGAAUUACCACCUGAGCUUUCAAAGCUACGUUCAUUACAAGUGCUUGACCUUGCUAAAAAUGAAUUUACCGGCAGCAUUCCAGCUAGUUUGGGUGAUCUGAGAGCAAUAGCCCAAGUGGAGAAGAAAAAUAAAUAUUUACUGUAUGGAAAAUUUGAAGAACACUACUAUGAAGAAAGCUUGGAUGUGUCUACGAAAGACCAAAUGUUAACGUAUACCACGACUCUUUCCCUUGUUACUAGCAUAGACCUUUCUGAUAACAACUUCACUGGGAAUAUUCCCAAUGAAAUAACAAAACUAUCCGGUUUAGUUGUUCUCAACUUGUCAAGAAACCAUAUAACUGGCCAAAUUCACGAAACCAUGUCAAAUCUGCUUCAAUUAUCAUCUCUUGAUCUCUCAAACAACCAACUUUCUGGACCAAUUCCUUCAAGCUUGUCUUCCUUGUCAUUUUUGGGGUCCCUAGAUUUGUCCAAUAAUAACCUGUCUGGUGUCAUUCCUUAUACAGGCCAUAUGACAACUUUUGAAGCUAUCACUUUUUCUGGGAAUCCUAGUCUCUGUGGUCCACCACUUCCCGUAAGGUGUUCAAGUGAUGGCGAUUCUAGUCAUGACUCUGACAAGGGACAUAGUAAUAAUGAUUUGUUGGACAAAUGGUUUUACUUGAGUCUUGGUUUGGGGUUUGCAUCAGGCAUUCUAGUUCCUUUUAUCAUUUUAACAAUGAAGAGUUCUUGGGGUGAUGUCUACUUUGAUUUUGUCGAUCAAGUUAUUCAAAAGUUAUUGAAGUUCACUCACAAACAAGGAAUAAAUCAUGGCCAAAGGAGGAAGAUACGUCAGAGCCGAGCUCUAGCUAUUGAAUGCUUAGCUUCUGAUCAUGAAGCUCUUGUAGACUUCAAAAAUGGGCUUGAGGAUUCUCACAACCAUCUCUCUUCAUGGAGAAACACCAACUGUUGUCAAUGGCGUGGAAUUUACUGUGAUAACAUCACAGGCGCGGUCGUUUCAAUCGAUCUCCAUAACCCACAUCCGGUGCUCUUUGAUUCUUCUCCUAGAAAGUAUGAAAUGUGGAACCAAAGUGGUGAGCUAAGACCAUCUUUGAUGAAGCUCAAGUCGCUACGGCAUUUAGACUUGAGCUUCAACACAUUCAAUGGAAUACCAAUUCCCGAGUUCUUUGGAUCAUUGGUGAAUUUGCAAUAUCUGAACCUGUCAACUGCUGGUUUAAUUCCACCCCAUUUGGGAAACCUUUCUCACUUGCAAUAUCUUGAUCUCAAAACUGUUGGCUUGCAUGUUGAAAAUUUUCAAUGGGUUGUUGGCCUUGUCUCUUUGAAAUAUCUUGCCAUGAAUGGAGUUGACCUUUCAUCAGUAGCAGGAACAGACUUGAUACCUAAUUGGCUUGUUAAUAUUAGCACCUUAGAACAUAGUGGUUUCUAUGGAAACUUGACAUCUCUCACUUACCUUGAUCUUUCAAAUAAUACUAUUGAGGGUGUUAUUCCUAGUUCAAUUGGUGCAAUCUGCAACUUGAAAGAUAGUUAUAAAGCUUUUGAUGUUGAUACUAUUUGCACUCUUGUUGAUAAAUACUAUUCCAUGGAUUUCAAUGAUUUAAGAGAAGAUUCACUUGUGUUAUCAACUUGA